AGCUCCAAUCGGGUCCGCGCGGUCCGCGCAGUGAAGCGCGAAUCGUGUGCGUCCUGAUUCGGCCCCGCUCAUUGCAGGCAUGGUCUGAGAGCCAUGCGUGGGACGCGGCGUUGGCGCGCCCCGCGCGCCCUGUCGCUGCUAUGGCUGGUGCUGCUGACGGCUGAGGCGACAUCGCUGAAGUCCGCUUCAAAGUCGGUGUCUUCAGUGGUGCAGCUGCUGAAGGCCAUGGAAAAGACAAUGGUACAAGAGACCGAGGAGGAUGCCAAGAGCCAGAAGAAGCUGCUGUGCCGGUGCGAGACUGAGAAGAAGGAGAAAGGCGAGACCAUUGAGCGAUCAACGGCUCACAUGGCUGAGCUGGCAUCCUCCAUCGACAGCUGGACCGCCACGAAGACGCGGCUGGCCAUCAGUCUGCAGGAGCUGGAGAAGCAGGUGGGCGACGGGGAGGCCGCCUUGGCACAGGCCGCAGCCGUUCGCGCGGAGCAGCAAAAGAAGUUCGCCAGCUAUGCGUCAGACACCGGCAACUACCUGGAGAGUCUCAAGGCGGCAUUGCGGGUUUUGUCAAAGGCCAAAGCACUGCCCCAGUUGACUCGAAGCCCGGCAAUGCUUCUGCAGACCGGCGAGGAGUCUGACUUGGAGAGGUCCUUGGACGACUUCUUGCGCCAGCACUUCGGCCAGAGGCGCCGCGAAAGAUCCGAUCCCAACUAUUGGGAUCCGAGGCCCAGAGAGCGGCUCAGAGGCCCAGGUGCCGCAGCUUCGGCAUUGUCCGAUUCGGAGCAGGCUGUGGUGGAGACAGGGCUCUCGGCCGCCCUGGCCUUCAUGCAGUCGAAAGGGGAGUCUGAGUUCUACAGCCCUUCGAACGGAGAGCUCGUGGGGAUGCUGUCCCAGAUGAUGUCCAGCAUGAAGGAGGACCUCGCGACGGCCCAAGCCGCCGAGUCCGCGGAGGCGCGGCAGUUCCAGGCGCUCCACGCGGCGCGCCUCGAGGAGACUCAGGAGGCGCGGUCCAUGCGGGACAUCAAGAACGCAGAGGCAGCACAAGCGGGCGAGGCCCUGGUUUUGGCCAAAGCGGAGAAGAAGCAGCUGAUAGAGGUGCUGCGUGGAAGCCGCCAAGCCUUGGCGUCCUUGGAGCAGACCUGCGCGGAGGGCGCGCGCAACUUCGAGGACCGGAAGUCGGCGCGCUGGGCGGAGCAGGAGGCGGUGACCGAUGCCAUUGAGGUGCUCGAGAACCCCGAGGUGAGCUUUCUGCAGCUGACCUCGCGCUCUGGCCAUGCGGAGCGUGAGGCGGCGCCUUCCGCGCCCGCUUGGGCGGAGGUGCGGUGGGCGGUGGAGUCCAUGGUCAGCGAGCUGCAGCAGCAGCAGCGGGCCGAGCGGCGGAAGAAGGACUGGUGCGCCCAGGAGUUCUCCGAGAACCAGCGAGACACCACCCAAGCGAGGGACCGGAGGUCUUUUUUGAAGGCCAAGGCGGCGGAGAUGGACACCGAGAUGCAGAGUCUGGCCAAGGACGUGGCGCAGAGCACGCAGCAGGUGCAGCGAUUGGAACGGGAGCUCCAGGUGGCAGGCUUGGAUCGCAAAGAGGAGCAGCAGGCCUUUCGACGCACCUACUGGGACCAGCUGAUGACGAUCCGCGCGCUGAAGCAAGCCAGCGCCAAGCUGUCGGAGGUCUACGGAGAAGCCACGGGCGCCUCGGAGAGCGUGCAGAAGAGCCCCAUGGGCUCGAAAGUGCUGGGCUUGCUGGAGACGCUGAUGGAGGACUCCCGCAGCUUGCUGGAGAAGGCCGCAAAGUCGGAGAACGACGCGGAGGCGGGCUACGGCAAGUUCGUCAAGCAGAGCAACGAUAUGCUGCAGACACUGCACAGAGAUCUCAUCCUCAAGUCCCGGGCGCAAGGCAGGGCCGAAAGGCUGUUGGCUGGCAACCAGGGUGACUUGGAUGCGGUGCUGCUGGAUUUGAAGGACUUGCUGGAGCAGCAAGGCAACUUGCAGGCCCAGUGCGACUUCCUGCUCAAGAACUUCGCCGCAUCCCAAAGCAAACGCCAGGAGGAGAUUCAGGCCCUGCAGGAGUCCAAGGCGAUCCUGUCGUGAGAAGCAAAAAGCGCCGCGCCAACGGCGCAUUCCUUGCGGACGCUUCCACCGGAAAUGCGCGGGCGG